AUGGAGCGCGCUUCCCUGGCAGAUUCAGCGUAUAUCGUGUCUGGUGCCAGGGACUACGCGCGAACUGCAUUUAAAGCUGCCAUGGCAUCUGCGCAAGUGGUUAUUCAACCAGUCUACAAGACAAUGUUUUCCGAACUGCGGAAAUUCCCAAGAAUGCAAGUUGUGUACCAUCCGAACUGCCGUCUCCCCCACCACGUGGACCGUUCGUACGGCGCCUACUUGCAGCGCGUGCGCGAAGUUAGAAACGUGCCUGCGCCGGAGCUGGCCGGCAAGGAUCGUUUCAAGUUUUGCGCCACCCCCAAGAAACUGCUGCCAGUGCCGAGUGCGACACCAGACUUCCACCCGCCCACACCAAGCUACGGACCAGCACCAAGCAAACCCAGGAAUAGGGGCACUCAGAGUUUGUAUAGAGAGUCAUCAGCGCAGACGGUCCCGUGGCAACCGGACGCAAAACAAGCAGACACUUGCGAGCAGAAGCCGGAAGUGCUGUUCUUGGAUAACUUACAAUGGGGUCCCGGCUGCCCGUACCGAGUCGGAGAUCUACCAGCUGACUUCCAUACAACGGAGAUUAUAAAUAAGAUGCGUCACGCGAGAAAAUGGACGGAAUUGGUUGAGAAGGGCCAGUUCCCGCGCUGGAUGAAGAAACAGGACGCCAUCAUCACCGAUAUUGAGACCAAGGAUUGGAUUUUCAGAGAGGCGGAAAUAGACGAACUGCAGGAUAUACGUCUCUCGCUCUUGCACAAAUUGCAAAGCGACAAACGGCAGAAGCAAACCACGCGGGUCGGCAAGAAACUCGCCAAGCUGUGGGCCUGCAAGAAGACGGACAUGGAGAGGAAGAUCGACCACAUCCGACGCACCAGGGAUAGGGGUGUGUGGUCGGAGUGUGUACUAGGUGUUGAUGUGUUGGUCGCAGAAAUAAUUCCUCGUAUCCUAGGUGUUACCCAAGAGACGGUGGACGUGUACCUCCAGGAGAUACUCCAGCAAGGUGUGGAGCUGGCCGCCGAGGAAGACGCCGUCAGCAAGGCAGUUGCUGAUGCGGACCGGAUCGAGGCCAGCCUGCAGGAGCACGGAUCCAUGUCGACGGCGGAGCAAAACGAGCUGGUGGCCGAGCUGGUGCAGCAGUUCCUCUUGCCGGAAGUGCACCGGUCCGCGAGCAGAAUGCGGCUGGCCGCCGUCCAGCAGACCAGGAUGGACGCAGCGAGGCACAGCGUGUUCGGGAUGCUGGACGAUGCGGAGAUUAGAUCUGACAUAUGCACACGCUGCGGCGAACCGAUCGGCGAUACAUGCCGUUGCGCGGUGUGCACGUACGAACAUACGCCCGUCGCCACCGACGCGAGGGACGACAAGAGAUGGAAGCAUACCAGGAUAACUCUCUCACAAGCAGCUCGGCCAUCCGUAACUAAGAGUCGCGAUGCGAGAUACCCGCCGUCUCACGACGUGCGCUGCUGGUUGAACGACCUGCUCGAUGCGAGCAGGCGGCACGCGGAGAUUGUGUACGACCCUACGUUACUGGCCCUCGAAGACCACAAGAUAAUAUCGGAGCCACCGGCCUGGCUCGACCAAUGUAGCCAGAACCUCGCCAAGAGCUGUUCCGGCCACCACCUGCCGCGUGACGUCACACAGCUGUGCGAGCGAGAGACCAAAUGGAGCGAGCAAUUCCUGGAGAACCUGCAUAAUGACCUGAAGAAGGCCCGUCUAGGCGCCAUAGGUCACAGUGCAGGUCCCCUAAAAGUGCUGAAGCCGCGUCGUAUCGUGGAAACGCCUCGUCCACCGACACCAGAAGUGGAAGCCGUGCCUGAUGAUGAUGAAGAGGCUCACCAGGCCGCGCUGACGCUGCAGAGGAUUGUGAGGGGACGCGCUGUGCAGAACUUGAUGUACGAGGGUCGCAGCAGGGCGGCGGAGCUGACGGAGGAGCUGAAGACGACGCACGGCCUGCAGAAGGAGGACCGGGCGCGCAUAGCGCGGGAGGAGGCCAGGGCGAGGGACCACAACGCGCUGCGGACGGAGGCUGAGCAAAAGGAGGACGCCAUCACAGCGCUGGUUGAAGAGUUGUGCGGCGGCGCCGUGUCGGCCGCCCUGGACUUCUUGGAGAAAGAGCUGAGAAGACUUAAAGAGGAGAGGCGACAUCACGCCUUUAUACUCAUUGCUUCGGUGGUCAGGUCGCGGGAGCGCGCCGGCGAGCGCAGCGGCGUGCGGCGCGAGGUGGGCGCGCUGCUGAGGCUGCGGGCGCACGUCGCCGUGGAGGUCAGGGAGACCAUCGAUGAGAUGAUCGCCGUAGCGACCGGGGAGUACACGCGGCCGGUGAAGAUGUCCGACUACCGCCAUUUGAUGACCAGGAUCGUUGGUGACGCUUUGGGGAGAAGCGAGCCGUUUAAAUCGAAAAGCUUAUGUCCCAGAGAGUUGCCCUCGGAGAUACGUCAGCGUGCGGAAGAGGAGGCGGCCAAGGUGGACCCAGCGUGCAAGUGUCGUGAAGUGAAGCAACUUAAGUUUGAUUCCGAGAAAUCUGAAGAGAAAUCAAAAUUGCUUCCAUCCGAGUUGCGUGUGCUGGAAGAUAUGCGACGCUGCAAGUGUGACACCGAGCCGUCGCCUAGCGCUAGAACUAUGGAGAGUCCAACAACGGAAGACUUCGCUUACACGGACACUACUUCCGCCCCCACAACCGACCCUGAUGAUGACCAGAUAAUUUAAAAGCCAAGUCUGGUGGCGAAACAUGGUUUAACCAUUUAGAAAUUAAAGACUUUUUGAC